CACUGAGAACACAGCAACAGGUUGGAGUACUUUAAGUUUCUGCAAAUUGACUUGACUGCUGAGUCUCUGAGAGAGUCUGGAGGUUAGCAGAUCAGAGCUUGAGCAAGUUUAGUUCAUGCAAAAAGUUUUGUGCAAAAAGUUAUUUAGCAUAUUUUUUAGUUUUAAGGUCAAGCAGCAUCUUCAAGCGUCCAGGUAAUCAUCAAGUGGUUCUAUAAACUUUUUUCAGCAACUUAUAUGCGUAAAAGAAACUCGCCUCCUGCAUUAAACAGUCAGUUUUGAUCAAAUAGAACAUUUUAGAUUCUCUUCAGUGAAGCAUCACAAACCCAGGAUGUUUUCGGCGGCUCUCCUCCUCGCAUCGCUCGGCUUUUUGGCGCACCUGGACACUUUUACGCACGGGUGCCAGCUUCCCUCCGAGUGGCGGCCGCUGAGCGAGGGCUGCCGGGCGGAGCUAGCGGAGAUCAUCGUCUACGCCCGGGUCUUGGCGAUCCACCGGGAGCCCCUGGGCGGCGGGGCGGGCAGCCUGUACAACUCGCUGCCCUUCGGGUUCGGGUAUGGGUACGAGGGCGCGGAGGAAGGGCUGCUGUACUCUGCGGAGGUGGAGCUGCUGUGCGACCAGGCCUGGGGCAGCAUGCUGGAGGUGCCCUCUGGAUCAAGGCUCAACCUGACCGGACUGGGGUACCUGUCCUGCCAGUCCCACACCGUGAUGGAGAACUACUCCUACUUCUUCUUCCUCAGGAUGGACGAGAACUACAACAUCCUCCCUCAUGGCGUCAACUUCCAGGACGCCAUCUUCCCCGACACGUCCGACAACAGGCGCACCUUCUCCAGCCUUUUCCAGUUCUCCAACUGCAGCCAAGGGAGCCAGCCUUUCCACACCUUCAGCCCCGAGUGGGAGACCCAGGAGGACAGCAGGCUGCUGUGUUCCUCGGUGCAGGCCGCACUGUUUGAGGAGGAGGAGCGAGGCCGCAAGAUCCAGGAGCGCCUGGCCUCGGCGGAGAGGAGGAACCGGCAGCUGAAGGAGCGCGUUCGGAAGGUGAAGCGCUCCCUGAGGAACGCCCGCAAGGCUGCACGCAAGGCAGAGGAGGAGGUGAAGGAGCUGCAAGAGAAGCUGAAGGCUGCAGAGCGGAGGGCGGGGCAUCACCUCAACGCCAUCACACAGGAGGAGCCUUCACCUGGGCGCUAUGCAAGCACAACAAUACGCAAGAGAAUGCAACUUUAACUAAUCCACCCAAACUGCCACCUCCUGGACUGAAAACUGGCUUUGGAGAGUGAGAGACUGCUGGGCGGUCUCUGUGCAAGAGACAAAGAACUGUCACAUAUGAGUAAACACACUUUGAAAGUAAUAAUCUACAUAGAUUUCUUGUAAAUAAACUUAUCUCUUUUGUAUCCCUGAUUGCUAUAAUACAAGAGUGAUGGUCCAGGACUGUUCCUGGUCAUCUGACAAAAGAAAAAGUUUCCUGAAAGAGAAUCAAACAUUUAUGUUCUACAUGAUUACUCUUGCAGGUGGAGCAGGACUGUAGCUCUGCUGCCUUUUACAACUGGAUUCAGACGCUCAGUGCUCUUCUCAGGCCGUGAUCACAUAGGAUGACUUUUUGCUCCAACAUAAAGUGGUUAUACAUUAUUGUGUUUGACAUGAAACUGUCUUUCUGGCUCUCCAAACCUGAGGCAAAUGUUUUUAAAACAAAGAAUAUAAAAGUUAUGUAUAGGGAGCUUAGCUAAGUCUUAAAAGUAACCCAAGUGAUGUUAUUGGGGUUAAGUUUGGGUAAAAGUUUUAUGGAAAUCCUCAUGACAGACAGUUUGGAACGCCCUGUUCACAUCUGGCAUUAACAUGCUUCUUAGGUGAUCCGAUCACAAGUGGACAGCUCUUAAUAUGCCUGUUCACACCACUUUUUGACCUCUAGUGGGGUAGGAUCUCACUUCCCCGAGCCUGGGUAUGCUCAUGCUGCCUUGUGCACUCGAUUUCGUUUUGAACUGCAAGGCGGCAUGGUGUCCAUGGCCGAUUCUUAGUCCUGCUUUUGGUAUCCAAUCACAGAACGGGGAGGGACGGCAAGACGAUGACGCGUACUAUUGGACAGAUGGAAGCUUGUAGUUUGCUUACGGAUCCAACAUGGCUGCAGCAGAUGCCAAGGUCUCUUUGGAUCUAGCUGUAGACAGUGUUCUAGAUAGUUUAGAUCCAAAGUUUAUUUUAAAAGAAGAACAUCAUUUGGCUUUACACUCCUUUAUCACCACUUAAAAGGAUGUUUUAGCCUUGCUUCCAACAGGAUUUGGCAAAAGCCUAAUCUACCAACUAGCCCCGUUAGUGGCUAAGCUAAUGGGGUUUAGCAAGAUCCUGUUUGUUGUUUAUGGUUGUGGUUGUCUCACCAUAUAAUUGAUACGAUUGGCUACGUACAGAUGCUUAUAAUAGACAUUUGUAGUGCCCAAUAAACGGCUCUGGACGACCGUAAACCACGCAUCCUCUAAGGAAAAAUGAAUAGGUGGUCUCCAGACUAUAUCUCAUUUGUUAUAUAGUCUGGUGUUAGCACAAACUUCCCCACUCCAUAUACCAACGCAUUGUUUUUUACUGGCAGGAAGCAACAAAUGUACUUCCCAUAUCUAGUCUACAGUCAAAAAAAGAAGGCGAAAUAAAAAAGUAUCUCCCUUGGAGUGUUCCAGGAAAACCAAAUCACCCAAGUGGUUUGACACACUUUUCAAAUAUCUCUAUGAGCUUUUCAAAAUCUUAUGGUGAUGUUGCACGGUUGAUGCAUUUGAAUAUGACGCCAUUGGUGCACAAAUGAGCUCAUGCUUCUGCUUAAACAAAAUUUCAGUUGAGUCUGCUGUCCUUCAAUGUGGCCCAGGACACAUUCGCGUACACGCUGCUAUAAGACUGUGGCCCAGAUCACCUCUGAAUGUGGUCUGAGCGCUCAGAUCGCAAUGCAUCCUCAAUGUGUAACAGUCAUUCCCUCCCCGGCUGCAACGAUGGUGCAGAGACGCCAAGAAUGCAGGCCCAGAUGCACAGGGCUUUUUUAAGGUAGGGAUCUUUAAGAGACAGGCACUAAAACUGGGUGUUUUAGACAGAGGGAGAAUACAGCUAUAUUCAGAUAGUAUGAGAAAUAUAAUGAGAUUUUUAACAUUAAAGCAUGUAAACAUGUUCUGGUAGAAGCCAAAAAUACAAGUAUACACCCCAAAAUUUGCAUAAUAUGUCUCCUUAAAGUACAACCAUGAUUCCAAAAAUUUUGGAUGCCGUGAAAAGUGCGAUAAAUCUCUGAAUUUGAUGUUUUCUUUUUUUAUUUAGGUUUCAUAGUGGCCCUCACCAACUAAACUGGUUGUGGCCUUUUUAGUAUUUGAGUUGAUGCAGUUGCAGCACAUAUUGUAGGACAAUCUGCAACAACCAAACAACUGAACCUAACAGAAGAAAAGACUUCUCCUUUUAUGUUAUCACGGCCUGGUGAAGCAAUAAUAAGGAACAUUACAUUUCAUUUUAAUGAUGUUGUGAUAUAUCAACUUUUUCUUUGACUGACAUUGUGAGCAGAAUGGUGUAAAUGAGAAUGAGUAUUCUGGGAUGUUUGAGAAAGUUCAUUUACUAUUAAUUUGAGCUUUUUAAAUUCUGGAACAUCAGAAUAUGUGGAUAUUUUUGAAUGAAUGUUUUUCUGCAUAUAAAAUUUGACUUGGCUGAACAUCAGCGUGAACGUGACAAUGUUCUGAAGAAGACUAUUAACAUCUGGGUCACUUGAGUACAAAAAAAUAAAUAGCUACACACACUC